AUGGAGACCCUGCUAGUUUACUUGAUGGUCCUUGGCAUGGCUGUAAAGGCCCACAAGGUCCAGUUGUGCCCAAAACGCUGCGUCUGCCAGAUGCUCAACCCCAACCUGGCAACCCUCUGCGACAAGAAGGGCCUCCUCUUUGUCCCGCCAAACAUCGACCGGCACACCGUCGAGAUGCGUCUGGGCGACAACUUCGUCACGAGCAUCAAACAGCGGGACUUUGCCAACAUGACCAAGCUGCAGGACCUGACGUUGUCUCGGAACACCAUCGGUUCCAUCUCGCCUCACGCCUUUAAAGAUCUGGAGAACCUCAGGGCCUUGCACUUGGACAGCAACCGUCUGACGAGGCUCACCAACGACACCUUCAGCGGGAUGUCCAAACUUCACCAUCUCAUUCUUAACAACAACCAACUGAUUCAUAUCCACAUCGGGGCCUUUAAUGAUCUCACGGCUCUAGAGGAGUUAGAUCUGUCCUACAACAACUUAGAAAGCACCCCCUGGGUGGCCAUCCAGAGAAUGACCAGCCUCCACACCCUGGGCUUGGACCACAACAUGCUUAGCUACAUCCCUGAGGGAACCUUCUCCGGCCUGCAGAAGCUCAAACGGCUUGACGUCACCUCCAACAAGCUCCAGAAGCUUCCGCCAGACCCCGUGUUUCAGCGGGCUGGGGUUCUGGCUACGUCAGGAAGCAUGGGUCCGUCGUCAUUUGCGUUGAGUUUUGGGGGGAACCCACUGAGGUGUAACUGUGAGCUACUGUGGCUGAGGAGGCUGAGGAGGGAGGAUGAUCUGGAGACGUGUGCGGCUCCGCAGCACCUGGCUGGGCGGUACUUCUGGACUGUGUCUGAAGAAGAGUUCCUCUGUGAGCCGCCUCUCAUCACCAGACACUCCCAGGUAAGGCUGAGAUGAUAAUAGGAUCACAACACCUCAUUUGUGAAUAGUUUUGCAAUAACCCAGUGAUAACAGUGUAAUAAUAACUGUUUUUAUCAUGCUAUUUGACACUGACAAAAAGUAAUCAUGAUGUACACACUUUUUUAACACGAUAAUUAAUUAAAUAUUGAUAAUUGUGUCAUCCCUUUCCAGAAUAAACGCAUUUGUUGCAAUAAUUGUCUAACAUCGAUUAUCAUGCUAUUGCUAACCACGAUAACUGUUUUGAUCAUGAUAAUACAAUAAUUAUCACGGUAACAUCGUUUAACCCUACCACCAUCUAACCCGCUCCAGGAGCUGCGAGCGUUGGAGGGUCAGAGGGUAGCUUUACGCUGUAAGGCCAGGGGCGACCCAGACCCCAUCAUCCACUGGAUUGCGCCAGACGGCCGGCUCAUGUCCAAUUCCUCCCGGGCUGUGGUGCACAGUGACGGAACUCUGGACAUCCUCAUCAGCACUGUGAAGGACUCAGGUGGGUGUCAUUGAAACGUCUGUUGUGGUAGACUACGUUGAGUGUUUCUGUUAGUAUGCUCUGGUUUUUCAGUAGGCCCUGAGGCCAGAUUUUCAGACCAUUUAAUCCGAAUCAAAAUGAUCCUAUGAUGAACUCUGUUCUCCCAUUGCAUUUAGUUCACCCUUUGUUUUAAAGGAAACAGAAAAGCAAAUAAAUGCUGAUAAAGUUGUCAAUGUUAAUAAAGUUUUCAAAAUUGAAAAACAGUUGUCCAUACGCCCAUAUGCCAAUAAUUCACAAUACCGCCUUGCGAUCUGGAGAGCGGCCUUUUGCAUCACCCCAAUGGUCCAAAUGUGGAAUCCGUACCCUUUCCGAUAUUAUGGGCAGUAAUGGUUUGAGAGCAUUCCAAGAUUUGAAAGUUAUACACAUUACCAGGCAAAUCAUUUGUUCUGUAUUUACAGCAAUGCUGGCCUAUCGAGUCCCUUGGGAAACCCAACUACCGAACCAUCCAAUGAUGGGAUUUAUAAAUAAAUUAUCUGGGCUCUCGAAAAGGACUGAUCUCUAUAAUAUAUAAACAACUUUUUGAAUCUGAACAACCAUUUAAUUAACUGGAGCAGAAUAUGGAAAAAUAUGACCUUGGCAUACUGUAAUCCAAACCAUAAACUUAUACAUUUUAAGUUUGUUUACAGAUUGUAUUUAACACCAAGGAAACCUUUUGAUGGAAUUGGCCCUAACUCCCAACUGUUCAUUGUGUCCCCUAAAUAAGGUAGGCACAUUCCUCCAUAUGAUGUGGGAGUGCCCUGCAGUUAAAUGCUUCUGGGGUAAAGUUACAAAAUUCAUUUUGAAUUGCAUGAAUGUAAAUAUUCAAUGCUUUGCAUCUAUUAUGUUACUUAACGAUGAUAGCUCCUUGAAUCUCUCAAUCAAUCAGAGACGAUUACUGCUGGCAGGCAGCACUGCCGCAAAAAAAUAUUUUGGCUCUUAGAUGGCAAUCACCUCACUCUCUCCCAAUUCACAAGUGAAUACAGUUACUAUUAGAAGCUAUAACAUUAGCAUUAUCGACAGCGAGAAUGAAUGGUACUAGUCAAGGAACAAUUGAGGCCUGGACAAAUAUACUUUACUCUGUAAAGAAUAAUCUUGGCUAAAGCCCAACACAUACAAAUAAACAAUUAUAUAUACUGUAUAUAUAUACAAUACCAGUCAAAAGUUUGGACACACCUACUCAUUCAUGGGUUUUUCUAUUUUUACUAUUUUUUACAUUGUAGAAUAAUAGUGAAUAUCAACACUAUGAAAUAACACAUAUGGAAAAAGUUUUAAACAAAUCAAAAUAUACUUUAUAUUUGAGAUUCUUCAAAGUAGCCACCCUUUGCCUUGAUGACAGCCUUGCACACUCUUGGCAUUCUCUCAACCAGCUUCAUGAGAAAGUCACCUGGAAUGCAUUUCAAUUAACAGGUGUGCCUUGUUAAAAGUUAAUUUGUGGAAUUUCUUUCCUUCUUAAUGCGUUUGAGCCAAUCAGUUGUGUUGUGAGAAGGUAGGGGGGGUAUACAGAGGAUAGCACUAUUUGGUAAAAGACCAAGUCCAUAUUAUGGAAAGAACAGCUCAAAUAAGCAAAGAGAAACAACAGUCCAUCAUUACUUUUAGACAUGAAGGUCAGUCAAUACGGUUUCUUCAAGUGCAGUCGCAAAAACCAUCAAGCGCUAUGAUGAAACUGGCUCUCAUGAGGACCGCCACAGGAAUGGAAGACCCAGAGUUACCUCUGCUGCAGAGGCUAAGUUCAUUAGAGUCACCAGCCUCAGAAAUUGCAGCCCAAAUAAAUGCUUCACAGAGUUCAAGUAACAGACACAUCUCAACAUCAACUGUUCAGAGGGGACUGUGUGAAUCAGACCUUCAUGGUCAAAUUGCUGCAAACAAACCACAACUAAAGGACACCAAUAAUAAGAAGAGACUUGCUUGGGCCAAGAAACAUGAGCAAUGGCCAUUAGACCGGUGGAAAUGUGUCCUUAGUCCAAAUCAGAGAUUUUUGGUUUCUGGGAGUGGGGGUAGGGGUAGGGGGGUUGGAUGGAGAAUGUGGGGUUGGGGGAAUGGGUGGGGUUGUUUUAUUUUCCUGUUUACACUGAAUUUAUUAUCACUUAAACACUGUAUGUUUUUCUUACUGGGUUUAUUUAUUAUUUUGAGUAGCAGCCUAUAGGUACAUGUUUUAUAAACUUAUAAUUUGACAUGAAUAAUGUACCUGUUUUUUUUGUCAAAAACUAAAUAUUUUGUAAAAGUUAUCAAUCGCUCAAUCAGGCUCCUUCACCUGUGUUGCCUCCAACCCGGCCGGGGAGGCCCAACAAACUGUGGACCUGAUGAUCAUCAAACUCCCACACAUCACCAACGGUACUGUGGAGAAGGAACCGAACCCAGGUUCUUCUGAUAUCGCCACGGUAAUGAGGACGGGUGGUGGUGGGGAAGGCGGAGGCAUGGUGCCACUGGGAAACACGAAGACGAGCCAGGAGAAGAAGGUGGUGAUCAGUGAGGCAACGUCUACCUCUGCCCUGGUCAGGUUCAACUUCCAGAGGAGUAUACCGGGCAUCCGAAUGUUCCAGAUCCAAUACAACGGAACCUACGAUGACUCUCUGGUUUACAGGUGAGCAUUGGCUUAUAUAGGGACUGUUUUUUGAUGAUUGAUAUUGAUGCCUCAUUUCGACUCUCAGAACCGAAUGAGAACUAACAAGAACUUGUUGAGGGGGGUUUAUGUUGUUGAAAAAUGUAUAUAAAUGUCAAAUGUGCAAAUUCUCAUUGUAAUUAGUUUACUGACAUUCUUAUUCAGUGACUUACAAAGUAACCUAGGUACAGUGUGUUGCAGUACAUAUACAGUACAGGGUCAUUCCAGCAAUUAGGUGCCUUUUGAGUAGUGUAACUUGGUAAAAAAAAGAUGUUUUAUUUCAUCAAGUUUUUACAUUCUGUCAUGUUCAACUCAAUACAAAACAUGUUUUCCCAUCUUAAAUAAAAUAAAAUAAAUACUAUAGUAAGUGCCUAUUAAGUGCCAAAUAAAGUAACAGGGUUGAUGACUUCAUCUUAAAUCCUCCAUAAGUCCCCUUGUGACAGGGGGAAUGGAAGCUUGUUGUGUGCAUCAGGGAGUGGCAAUUGAAUGCAAGCUUCACAAAAAAUUGUUAAAACAUUUUUUGCCUGUCUAUCUACAGGGUUGAGGUGUUAUGCUCGACCCGCUCCGUUUUCCACCACAAAACACCAGAACACCAGAAAAUGGCCAAAAAGAGUAGAACCAACUCAUCUGCUUUUACACUAUGAUUUGACUAUUAGAUGUUCAAUGUUUAUUUUAAAAAUAAUAUUUAAAAAAUAAGUUUCAACAUAUUAAUAAAAGAGUUCAGUUCAUGACCUUAAAAUGAAGGACAGAUUUAUAGAAUUUUCCAUAAGGUUUAUAUUAAAGGGCACUUCAUUUAAUAUAACAGGCUUUUAAAAUUCUAUAUUUGUGCUUUCUUCCUAAAAUAUCAAAGGGAAUCAAAAGGCACUCAGUUCGUGGAACGACCCUACACACAACAUGUACAGCCAUGAUAAUAAACUACAUGACCAAAAGUAUGUGACACCUGCUCAUCGAACAUCUCAUUCCAAAAUCAUGGGCAUUAAUAUGGAGUUGGUCCCCCCCUUUGCUGCUAUAACAGCCUCCACUCUUCUGGGAAGGCUUUCCACUAGAUGUUGGAACAUUGCUGCGGGGACUUGCUUCCAUUUAGCCACAAUAGCAUUAGUGAGGUCGGGCAGUGAUGUUGGGCGAUUAGGCCUGGCUCGCAGUCAACGUUCCAAUUCAUCCCAAAGGUGUUCGAUGGGGUUGAGGUCAGGGCUCUGUGCAGGCCAGUCAAGUUCUUCCACACCGAUCUCGAGAAACCAUUUUUGUAUGGACCUCGCUUUGUGCACGGGGGCAUUGUCAUGCUGAAACAGGAAAGGGCCUUCCCCAAACUGCUGCCACAAAGUUGGAAGCACAGAAUCGUCUAGAAUGUCAUUGUAUGCUGUAGCAUUAAGAUUUCCCUUCACUGGAACUAAGGGGCCUAGCCCGAACCAUGAAAAACAGCCCCAGACCAUUAUUCCUCCUCCACCAAAUUCGGGCAGGUAGCGUUCUCCUGGCACCCGCCAAACCCAGAUUCGUCCAUAAGACUGCCAGAUGGUGAAGUGUGAUUCAUCACUCCAGAGAACACAUUUCCACUGCUCCAGAGUCCAAUGGUGGCAAGCUUAACACCACUCCAGCCAAUGCUUGGCAUUGCGCAUGGUGAUCUUAGGCUUGUGUGCGGCUGCUCGGCCAUGGAAACCCAUUUCAUGAAGCUCCUGACAAACAGUUAUUGUGCUAACGUUGUUUCCAGAGGCAGUUUGGAACUCGGUAGUGAGUGUUGCAACCGAGGACAGACCAUUUUUGCGCGCUAUGUGCUUCAGCACUCAGCAGUCCCGUUCUGUGAGCUUGUGUGGCCUACCACUUCGCGGCUGAGCCGUUGUUGCUCCUAGACGUUUCCACUUCACAAUAACAGCACUUACAGUUGACCGGGGCAGCUCUAGUAGGGCAGAAAGUUGACGAGCUGACUUGUUGGAAAGGUGGCAUCCUGUGACGGUGCAACGUUGAAAGUCACUGAGCUCUUCAGUAAGGCCAUUCGACUGCCUAUAUUUGUCUAUGGAGAUUGCAUGGCGGUGUGCUCGAUUUUAUACACCUGUCAGCAACGGGUGUGGCUGAAAUAACCAAAUCCACUAAUUUGAAGGGGUGUCCACAUACUUUUGUAUAUAUAUUAUACCUAAUCAACAGAAUCUAAACGAAAUGUCAGCACUGAGCUGUAGGGAGAAGCCUAGAUGAAAGAGAAAGCAGAAUGUUACAAAAAGCUUCCGAAGAUCUUUCAGGCCCCUUCUGAAAAACGAGUCUACACAAUGUUCUUUCAUCUAGCAACCCUUUCAUUCCAUAUUUGGAACUUAUCUUCAUGAUACAAUAUGAUGUGACCAUUUAGCACACACUUUUAUUCAAAGUGACUUACAGACAACAAAUACUGUACAUACAGUAUAUUUAUUGUAUGAGAUCCAUUUGGGAAUAAAAAAUACACAGCUCUGGUCUUUCAAGCACACAGCACCAUGGUCCAACAACCGAGCCACUGGAUCUAUUGUGAAUUUCUCUUCUGAGAGAUGGGUGUGCAUACAAUCUUUCAUCUUUUAUGCAUCCGACUUCUCAGUGGGUGUUUUUGUGUAUCAGGGGGUUGGGUAAAAAUAACUAAUUUGGACAAUAAAGUAUUAUUUUUCAUCUUUCACCCCUUUGACUAUACAUUAGCAAUUCAACUUUCUUUUUUUAACCAUUGGAAUCACUGUGACUCUGUUACUCGUCCACUCUAGACACUGCUGUUCAUAACAUUCUCUCAUCUCUUACCACUUUUAGGCCAUAGCCCUGUGCUAUUUGUUAUUGCAAUAUAAUGUAUAAUUGGUCUACAAUUGCUCUAGUAUACUCUCACCUCUUUCAUUUCACACCAACUAUCUAUCUCUCUGUAUUUUCAGAAUGAUCCCUUCGAGCAGUAAGAGUCUCCUGGUGAACAACCUGGCGGCCGGUACACAGUACGAUCUGUGUGUGCUGGCCAUCUACGAUGACCUGGUGACCUCCCUGACUGCCACACGAGUGGUGGGGUGCGUCCGCUUCACCACCGAGCCACAGUACCUCCGCUGCCACUUCAUGCAGUCCCAGUUCCUGGGAGGGACCAUCGUGGUCAUCAUCGGAGGGAUCAUCGUGGCGUCCGUCUUAGCCUUCAUCAUCUUCCUCAUCGUGAGGUACCGAGUGUGUAACCAAGGUGAUGAGGAUAAGGUAGGAGUAUUGAGUAUUACUUUUUUCUUUGGGGCUACUGUCUCUGGAUUAUUUAUAUUGACAGAUGUGAUGAUGAAUGUUGAGGUCAUUUUCCCCUGGGGAUUAAUAAAAUCUCUCUCUAUCUCUUUCAUAAGGCUUUGGAGAUGGGUGAGAUCCCAUCUCUGAGCAGUGAUGGUCAGCUCCAGGGCUGCGGCGUCCCCAAGGCCAUGUCCAAGUCUCUGUCCAAGCAAAUUCUCCAGCCAGAGAAACCAGAGAAGGAGGACAAGGAGUCUCUGAGGGUGGCCCUUCCUCCUCGUGAGCCGGUCAAGCAGCAGAAACCCCCAGCCCUGACCACCACCACAUCUACCAAGACCUCCAUCCCCGACUGCACUGUCUCUACUUCCGCAGCCAGUCACCCCUGGCACCCUGCCUCCCCCGUCACCCUGAGGCAAAAACGGACCGGUAUCACUGCCACCGGCGGUCCGAAACCCGGAGAAGCCCGCCGAGCCGAAGGCCAGACAGAUGUGCAGUUAGAGAACACAAAUCGGAAUAACUCGUCAGAAGCUAAAAUGGCUGCCGCCUUGGCCGUAGCGGUUCCCAACCUUUCCACAAAAUGGACGCCGGUCGCUAGGCGGCCGCGCCCCCCUGGAGCCUCCUCCCGCCAUUACAUGACGGUACCAGCAGGGGGUGUGAGGGUGAACCGGCGGCACUCUCUGAACGUGGACUCGUACAAGGAGCGCUGCUACGUCAGCCUGGUACAGCAGCAGCAGCCAAAACCUGGCGGGAGUUUACGCUCCAAACGCAGUCUGUCCAUGAGCGGAGAAUUGCCCCCGUUGGAGAGUGCAAUGGCAAACAUAUGCAGAGGCAGAGACAAGCUAUCCCGAUCCGAGUGGCUUCUCGAAAGCACUCUAUGAUCUGGAUUUUACUGGAUUUUACUGGCUUAUAGGUUCUUUGUUUUACUGGAUUGGAUUUGUGGCCGGUCGUGGAGCAUACAGUAACUUUAUGCCUUGUUCAGAGAGUUACUGUGGUAUUUUAUCUGCGAGACCCACAAUUCCUCUUGUAUUUCUGAAGACAAGGCAGCCAAACAGGGUUUUAAAGGGCAAAUGUUUCACAUUUGUUUUUCUACCUAAAAAGCAAAUAUCCUCUCAAAGUCAUCUUUAUAGCGACUUCGGAUAUAACUUUGAUGAAAGGCACAAAAAAAUGCUUAAAGCAACUUCAUGUACAAAAAUGUUAAGUUGUGUAACAUAUAGGCUAACACGAUACACCCGUAAGUGUUCAUAUGGUAUUGAAUGCAGUAAUCUUGGAAGUCUAGCAUAAUUUAGAGAGAGGGUGAGAAAGGGAUGGAUGAUCAUACUUGUUAUAACAUUGCCUGUUACUUAAAGUGAUUACAAUAACUGUGUAGACAAUGAAUGGACAUAUUUCUUGUCAUCAGUUUUACAGACAGUUGGUGACAUGUCUUAAUUAACUUGGCGGCGUUUGGAGGAAUUGUGAAUGUGCAGAACACCCCAGGCGGAGGUGUAGAACAGAAUGUACCCAGGCUGUGUCUGAAAUUGCACCAUAUU